AUGACCGUCGGAGGCUGGGAACACACCAUGCGCAGAGCUGCAGAUGAUAGUCUGCAGACUCUCAAAGUCAAUUGGCAUCUUGGCUUCACUGCAUUCGGCGGUCCGCCUGUUCACUUUAAAAUUUUUCACGACAAAUUCGUCAAGAAGCUGAAAUGGAUAGAUGAACAAAUAUAUCAAGAGCUCUUUAGUGUCUCGCAAGCUCUUUCUGGUCCUGCAAGCACAAAAAUGCUGUACUGCAUCAAUCUCAUCCACGGCGGGUUCCUGCAAGCUGUUCUGGCCUUUUUGAUCUGGAGUGUGCCUGGUUGCUUUGGCAUGUUCGGCCUCUCAGUUGGUGUCUCCAACAUCGGCGACACUCUUCCCCGGGCUGUAUACGCUCUCCUAUCCGGUCUUAAUGCCGCAACUGUUGGAGUCAUCGCACUAGCAGCCGUUGAGCUUUCCAAUAAAGCCAUCACGGAUCAAACCACCAGACUUGUUCUUUCCUUGACGGCUAUGGCAGGAAUGCUGUACAACGCGCUGUGGUAUUUUCCGGUCAUUAUUGUUGCAGGUGGCUGCGGUACUGUCAUCUACGACUACAAGUGGCUUCAUCGUCCUGCGCGAGCUGUCAAGAAUGCUUACCUGAGAGCUAGAAGAGGAAGGGUUGCCGAGACGGAGAACAUCCAGGGUGCUGAGAAUGGAGCCGGUAGCGACGAUGGUAUACACCUUCGCGAUCAGGAUACUACCGAUUCGAGAGAGCCCGAAACUCGUGUCGUUCCGCAGGAAUAUCAGCUUGGCUUCUCAUGGAAGUCCGGAACAGCCAUCAUCGUCAUUUUCCUGGUUACCUUCAUCGUCGUCGUUUCCCUUCGAGCAACCGUAUCAGGCGCCCCCUUGUUAUACAAGCUUUUUGCCAACCUCUACCUUGCUGGCACCAUCAUCUUUGGUGGUGGUCCCGUGGUGAUUCCACUCCUCCGAGAAUACGUGGUGGCUGAAGGAUGGGUGAGCCCCCGCGACUUUCUAAUCGGUCUCGCCAUCGCUCAGUCCUUCCCUGGGCCGAACUUCAACUUUGCCGUAUUUCUCGGUGGCCUUACGGCCGUUCAAGCGGGCUAUCCUGCCAUUGCGGGCGCGCUGAUAGCAUACCUUGGCAUCUUCGUCCCAGGAAUGGUUCUCGUGCACGGGACAAUGGGAAUCUGGGAGGUUCUAAGAAGCAAACCGUGGGUCAAGUCCGCUCUACGAGGAGUAAAUGCAGGCGCUGUAGGACUUAUAUAUACAGCUGUGUAUAGAAUCUGGCAGGUCGGAUACAUAGACGAAGGCUUCCAAGCGGGGAAGAGUCUGGCCGAUGAUCCAUGGUGGGUUGUUGUCACAGCGACAUCUUUCGUUGGCGCGCGGUACUUCAAGGUGCCGGUGCCUCUAGCAAUUCUUCUCGGCGCUUGUAUGGGACUUUUGAGAUAUGGGAUCGUGACUGCUUAG